CCCACAUUAAACAGCCAUUGCACAUUAUAAAUAGCCUGCCCAUAUUGUAAACAAUGAACUAUCCAAAAAUCUAGUUCCAGGGGCAACAAAAUAGCUUCAUCAAUCAGCACAAAAGAAUGUUUCCUGAUAUACGUUUUAUUGUGGGAAUUAUAGGAUCUGUAGCUUGCAUGCUCCUCUACUCAGCACCAAUAUUGACAUUUAAAAGAGUGAUAAAGAAGGCCAGUGUAGAAGAAUUCUCGUGCAUACCAUAUAUCUUAGCUUUGUUCAGCUGCCUCACAUACAGUUGGUAUGGUUUUCCUGUGGUGAGCUAUGGGUGGGAGAACAUGACAGUCUGCAGCAUCAGCUCACUUGGGGUGCUAUUUGAAGGCACAUUCAUCAGCAUAUAUGUAUGGUUUGCUCCAAGAGGAAAAAAAAAGCAAGUCAUGCUGAUGGCAUCUCUGAUUCUAGCAGUCUUUUGCAUGACUGUGUUUUUCUCAAGCUUUUCAAUACACAACCAUCAUAUACGUAAGGUAUUUGUUGGUAGUGUUGGUCUAGUGUCUUCCAUAUCAAUGUACGGCUCUCCGCUGGUAGCUAUGAAACAAGUUAUCAGGACAAAGAGUGUUGAGUUCAUGCCUUUCUAUCUGUCAUUGUUUACCCUCUUCACAAGUUUAACCUGGAUGGCAUAUGGAGUCAUAGGAAGGGAUCCUUUUAUCGCGACCCCAAACUGCAUCGGCAGCAUAAUGGGUAUACUUCAGUUGGUUGUAUACUGCAUUUACAGCAAAUGCAAGGAAGCACCUAAGGUGCUUCACGAUAUUGAACAAGCAAAUGUAGUGAAAAUUCCAACAAGUCAUGUGGACACAAAAGGGCAUAACCCUUAAUCUGAAAAUUGAACUAUAUUAUCUGUUUUGUUUGCAAGAAAUGUCUGUUGUACCCAUAAAUGCUACACAAGGACGAUAUGCUUCACAUUAUGUGAAAGUUUCCAUGCAUUAGAGAUUUUUAAGAUUCUAUAUUUCUAUGGCUUGCCAUUGAGUAAGCCCUCUUCUAUGAUAUGACUAGCAAAAGUUUUAUGACUUACCAAAGCUUGGUUACAUAGAAUAUAUUGUCUCUGAUCAUUCAUGUAUCUGUCUUGUUUCUCCCUAUAUAAAAAAAAGCUUAUUAUUUGAAAGGUUCUACGGAGGUUA